GAAGGAAGGAAGGAAGGAAGGAAGGAAGGAAGGGCGCCCAGGAGAUCCAAGUGGCAAUGGAGCCAAGCACAACCACUCUGCCUCCUGCCUUCCCCCAACAGAGCUUGGAGGCUGUGGAUAUUGUUGUCCUGGUUCUGUACUUUGUAUUUGUUUUGGCUGUUGGACUGUGGGUAAGAAAGACGUUUCCUUGAUUGUUCUGUUCAGUUGAGGGACAAUGUCUCCACAUGGGUGCAGAGAUCCAAAGGGAACUUAGGAAGCUAUUUUAUUUUAUUUUGUUUAUUGCAUUGCAUUGCAUUGCAUUUAUAUCCCUCCUUUUCCUCCAAGGAGCUCAAGGUGCCAUACAUAGUUCUCCUCCUCCUCAUUUAAUCUCCACAACAACCCUGUGAGGUAGGUUGGGCUGAGAGGCAGUGACUGGCCCACAAGGUCACCCAGUGAGCUUCAUAGAUGAGCAGGGAUUCGAACCCUGGUCUCUCAGCUCCUAGUCCAACACUCCAACCACUACACACACUGGGUUUAUACUGAGUCCAUCUUGUUCAGUACUGUCUGCACUGACUGGCAGCAGCUCUCCAGGAUGUCAGACAUGAAUCAUUCCCAGCCUUACCUGGGACCUUCUGGGUGCAAAGCAGAUGCUCUGCCAUAGCGUUACAGCCCUUCCUCUGAUAUAGGAAGCUGCCUUAUACUGAGUCAGACCCUUGGUUCAUGUAGCUCCUUAUUGUCUACACUGACUGGCAGCAGCCAUCCAGGAACCAUCAUAAUUCCAUGAGGUCAUUCGUUACCAGGAUAGACAUACUCUCGCUGUUGUCGAAAUUUGUCAAAAUAUGACUCUUACCCUUUAUUGGCAGAUUCUAGAACUAGUUAUUCUUAGCUCCUGGCACCCUCUGCCAGGGCAAUCUGCCACCAGCCUUGGCCCAGAUUCCAUACCCAGCAAGCAAUGCAAGCACUCCAUUCAUUCAUGUCUCCCUCCAGGUGUGAUUGAGCAACUUGAUGAGUCAAGGUAGUUCACUUCCUGCUUUGUCAUGCUGCCAACAAUUCCCACAUGCAACUGGCCCAAACACUUCCUGGUUGCCUCCCCAGCCAUAAGCCUCCCUGCACCUGCCGAUAGAAACCACAGCCUAGUGCUUUUCAGAAAAAGCCCAAGUGGGAAUCUAAGAAGAGCCUGGCUGAUGUCCAGCAGUGCAUAGUUAAACUAUGGAACUCACUUUCACUGGAGGCAGUGAUGGCAACCAACCUGGAUGGCGUUAAACAGGAUAAGACAAAUUCACGGAAGACAGGGCUAUUGAUAGUCACUAGCCACAGCGACAGUGCUUUGCCUCCACAGUCGGAGGCAGCAAUGCUUCUGAAUCCCAGAUUCUGGAAACCACAGAGAGAGGGCCCUUGAUAUCGGAUCCUGAUUGAAGCUUUCCUACAGGCAUCUGGUUGGCCGCUGUGAGAACAGGAGGCUGGACUAGAUGGGUCACUGGACUCAUCCGGCAGCAGCUUAUCUUCUUAUGUUCUUCUCACAGUGGCCAACCAGAUGUCCCAAUCGAACCCUUGGUCCAUCCAUCUCAGUAUUCAACACUGGCUGGCAGCAUUUCCCCAGAGUUUCAGGCAGGAGUUUCUCCCAGCCCUUCCUGGCGAUGCCAUUGGGGAUUGAAUCUGGGACCUUCUGCAUGCCAGGCAGAUCCCUUUGCAGAGUCGUCCUCAGGGUGUGUCCACACUUUGCUUGCCCCAUGCCUACAAAGCAUGGGUCUUAGCGAUUUUCUGUUUGCGCUGCUGCUUUCUCCAGGAAAGCCUGCUCUUUACCACUGAAUUGGAGCAUACAUCAGUCCCUGGAAAAACUGAUUGACAUUUGAUUCAGUGGUAAGGAGGUUGUUUUCCCGGAGGAAAGUGGCGGGACAAACAGAAGUGUGAAUGAGCCAUAGGAGUUGAAAGUUCUAAAUCUGACCACUCCUUCCCUUGGGCACCUAAGUACAGUGGAACCUCGGGUUGUGAACGUGAUCCAUGUGGGAGGCACGUUCGCAACCUGCAGCACUGUGUCUGUGCACGCGCGGGUUGCGGUUCAGCGCUCCUGUGCAUGCGCAAAGCACGAUUUAGUGAUUCUGCGCAUGCGCGAGCGCCGAAACCCGGAAGUAAGCCGUUCCAGUGCUUCCGGGUUUGGAGCAGUGCGCAACCCGAAAACGCAUAACCUGAAGAAUCUGUAACCCAAGGUACCACUGUACACUCUUUGCGCAUGGAUCAAAAUCACCUGCCCAGAGUUCUGCUGGUCUCCUCUCCCGUACCCCCGGUCACUGAUGUAGAUCUUCACUCACCUAUUCUUCCCUGGCGGCCAUUUUGUGGCCCGCCUCAGGCGCCAAAAUGUUUUGGGCAGGCCUGGUUGUUGCUGAUGUUGUUGUUGAGGGUGACUCACUGCCGCCUCUUCAGGCUUUUUAGACUUGCUCGUUUCUCUCUCUCUCUUUCUUUCUCAGUCCAUGUGGAAAACCAAGCGAAGCACUGUGAAGGGCUACUUCUUGGCUGGAGGCGAGAUGGUCUGGUGGCCAGUAAGCGAUCUCCAUUAUGAUGUCUUGGUGGGGUGUCUGUUGCAGAGUGGAUUUGCUAUGUGGAAAUGCAGAGAGUCCUCUGUCUGCCUUCAAAGCCUCAAGGUGGUUUUUUGAGGUCUCAUCCCUGCAUUGAGAUUAUUCAUACGGGUACAACUCUCUUCUAGUUGAGGUCAGACAGGCGGGAGCUGAGUGCAGAAGGAGCAUGAUGUGCCCCCCAACUUCCCCUAAUACGCCAGGCAAGGAAUGUGUACAGAAAUGCAUACACUACAGGGGUAAAGUGUGUAUAAAACACACAUUUCAGUGAAAAUUGCACUUAGAGAAAAUUGUCUUAGAGAAAAUUUCUUCUCAAAAAUGUGCAGAAUAGACCAAAUUGCAUAGAAAAUAUGUACAGUAGGAGAAAUGCACACUAAAACACUGGUAAGUUUUUGUGAGGACUUUGGAAAACAAAAAUAGAUAACCUCACACUGAUGUGGGAACGUGGUGAACUGAACUUAAGAGUGGAAAAACAAGAAACUGAAACUGAACCAGUCCCCAUAAUGAGACCUGACAGCCUUUCCAGGGGAACUGGGUGGAGUCCUUUCUGUGCCAGGCAAGAUUAGGUGCUCUUGGGAAGGGCAGGAACUGAGCUGGCUCUCCCAACCUCUCUUCCCAGGUGGGGGCAUCUCUCUUCGCCAGUAAUGUCGGCAGCGGACAUUUCAUUGGCCUGGCUGGCUCCGGGGCAGCGUCUGGAAUUGGUGCUACGGCUUACGAGUGGAACGUGAGUAUCACAUUUACGGCACAACCUGCUCCUGAGGAUGAUGAUGUGUGUGUGUUGGGACGGGCAUGAACCUGGCAGAGGGCCUUCUUGGUAGUGGUGCAUCAGGUAUUAUAAUAAUAAUUUAUUUAUACCCCGCCCAUCUGGCUGGGUUUCCCCAGCCACUCUGGGUGCCUCCCAACAGAAGAUGAUGAUGAUGAUGAUGAUGAUAAACUAUCAAACAUUAAAACUUCCCUAAACAGGGCUGCCUUCAGGUGUUUUCUAAAAGUCAGAUAGUUGUUUAUUUCCUUGACAUCUGAUGGGAGGGUGUUCCAUAGGGCGGGCGCCACUACUGAGAAGGCUGGUUCCUCGUAAUCUCACUUCUUGCAGUGAGGGAACUGCCAGAAGGCCCUCAGAGCUGGACCUCAGUGUCUGGGCUGAAUGAUGGAGGUGGAGACGCUCCUUCAGGUAUACUAGGCUGAGGCCAUUUAGGGCUUUAAAGGUCAGCACCAACACUUUGAAUUGUGCUUGGAAACGUAUUGGGAGUCAAUGAAGGUCUUUCAGGACUGAUGUUAUAUGGUCUCGGUGGCUGCUCCCAGUCACCAGUUUAGCUGCCGCAUUCUGGAUUAGUUGUAGUUUCUGGGUCACCUUCAAAGGUAUCCCCACGUAGUAAUCCAAGGGGGAGAAAACUAGUGCAUGCACCACUCUGGCGAGACAGAUCUUUUGGCAGACUGUGCCCAGGUGAACUGAGGGUCUUCUUAGUUUACUGCCCAGAAGCUCCCUCUUGAUGGGCAGGUUCAAGAUACACCCCACCUCUUCUGACCCUCUCUCUCAUCUUUGGCUUCUUUAUGUUUAAACCUGACAGCCUUUCAAACAGAGGACUGUCUUCUGCAAAGUAGGGCAUGCAGCCACUCUGUGGACCCAAAGCCAACCUAGAGAGAGCUUUUGUAUGUCAGUUGAUUUUCUGGUUGGAUCCUGCUUAUUUUGUUCCUGACCUGGGCUCUGCUUCUCCUCACAGGGCAUGUUCUGUGUCUUGGUGCUGGCAUGGCUGUUUCUGCCCAUCUACGUGGCAGCAGGGGUGAGUUCACCGGCCACACUAUGGCCACUGUUUCCCAUCAACUUUUUCAGAGAGCAGGAAUCUGUUCCGAAACGGAUGUGCCAAGUUAUGCAUCAUGUCAUUUCUCAGAAUUGUGGUCUUUAAAAACCCUAAACUCACUGCCCUGUCCUCCUGAGGUAAUAGGCACUGUACCAUUUCCGUGAUGUUAUUAUUGCCUAGUUUUCGAAUAACCUUUUCUUGCUGUUUUUCAUCAAUGCUGCCUUAUCAUUUCCAGGUGACAACCAUGCCAGAAUAUUUGCAGAGGCGCUUUGGGGGCAAAAGGAUUCAAAUCUUCCUAGCGAUUCUCUACUUGUUUAUCUAUAUAUUCACCAAAAUCUCAGUAAGUAAGGAGACGAGAGGAGACAGAACAGAAUUGGCUUGGAAAGAGUAGGUCCAUUGAGGCUUCCUAAGUGACCUUUUCUGCCUUUCAAUCUUUCUGAUAUGUUGUGUUGGCUUCUGAAUGACAGGCAAAUGAUGAAAGGAGGGAAGGAGACUGAACUGAAUUUUGGAUUUAAGAUUGUGUAGGUCACUGAAGGCUGAGGAAGAUUUUGGGGGAAAGCCUGCUUCUGCUACCCGUUCUUUGAUGCUAGAUGUAUUUUUGAGCACACAGAAUCAUUUUACAAAGUGUGUUCUUCCUGUUGGAAUAAGGGCAAGCGAAAGCAGUAGCAGCUCACUUUGUUUGAGAACAGAAUCUUCUCCCUCCUUAUUUAUUUUGUCUGUUGCUGAGUUUCCUGCUUGUAGUUCUGCCUGUUUGGUUUGCUCCCUUUUUGUGAACUUAUUUCUCUUGAUAUAGAUGUAAAGGAGAUGCCAACACCAGCAGAACAUCUGAGGGCUUAUCCACACUUGCCUCUGCUGUGCUGUUACCAUGGUCAGCGAUUUACAGCUCUGUGUCCAAGUGCUCCCCCCGCCCCCGCUCCGGAGCUUUUGCUGUGGAAACAUGCUCUUUAAAGCUCAAUCAGAGCAAACAUAAGUCCGUGGAAACCCCAGUUUGACGUCCAAUUCAGAGGAUGUUUUCACGGGAAAAGCUCCGGAGCAAAACAAAAACAUUUAGACACAGAUCUUAUACCUUGGUCCAUUUAGCUAGUAUUGUCUUGCAAUGGCUUUCUGGGAUUCUGGGUGAGGGACAUUACCAGCCUGGCUUAGAGAUGCUGGGGACUGAAGCUGGGGCCUUCUGAAUGUUAGAUGCUCUACCCUGAGCCAUGAUGACCCUCUCCUGUGUUGUGCUGGACAGUGACAGAGGACGACUAACCUGCCUGGUUUAGUAAUUCUUCUUCUUUGGGGUCAAUGGGUUUUAAUGAGUAACUUACUAACACUUUCUCUUUAGUUGCUCAUUAACAACCAAACAGCACUCAAGGCCACUACUACUACUAUUACUACUGUUAAUAAUAAUAUGGACUGCCCCCCCUCCCAAUGGAGUGUCCUUUGCUUGUGUUCCAUCAAUAGCAGGAUCAGGGUGCAUUUUUGCAUCUAGCAGGAAGAUGCUCUCAGUCUGGACUCCACACACAGCUGCCUUGCCUUACUGAUGUCAUCAAGUAGAUUACAGUGGAACCUCGGGUUGCGAACGUGAUCCGUGUGGGAGGCAUGUUCGCAACCUGCAGCAUUGUGUCUGUGCACGGGCGUGACACAAUUCAGCGCUUCUGUGCAUGCACAAAGCGCCAUUUAGUGUUUCUGCACAUGCGCGAGCGCCAAAACCUGUAAAUAACCUGUUCUGGUACUUCCGGGUUUGGCAUGUCCAUAACCCGAAAACGCGCAACCUGCAGCGAUCGCAACCCAAGGUAUGACUGUAUUAGUUUAGUUUGAAGACUGAUUCAAAAUAAUUAUUGAUGCACACAAACGGAGUCCUGAAGUGAUAUACAAAGAUGGGGACAGGGAGGGGGAGUUACUUGCAUACGGGGGUCAUAUGGGGUUGGGGGGAUCCUUGUCCCCCUGCCCCACCCCAGGUCAGACUGGCUGGUGAAUUUGAGGCAGUUGUGUGUGGUUGUUGGGUUAAUUUCAUUUCCAUUGUGUUUGUUCGCAUCCCCAAACUUCCUUUGCCUGAGUUGUCCCGCACGAAUUUUGCAAAGCCCUUCCUGCGUUGAAUGUAUCCUCAAAUGUGCUUUCUACUGUGUGGCAGUGAUGCAAGGGUAUUCUGUUCUCCCUGAAAUGUUGUGCGGAUGCCAGAUGAACCAUCUUUUGACCCACCUCAACACGGUAGCCCUAUAUUAUGUUAGGCUCAUGGUGUCUUCUGUUUAAUCACACACAUCACCCUGAGUAGGCCUGCAGCAACAGAGGCAAACAAAACCUCCCUUUUUGACCAUGGAGUGUGCAUGAGAACCAGUGUGGUGUAGUGGUUAGAAUAUCGGACUAGGACCUGGGAGACUAAGCUUCAAAUCCCCACUUGGCCAAAAAGCUCACUGCCUCUCUCAGCCCAACUUACCUAACAAGGUUGUUUGGGGGAUUAAAUGGGGAAAGGGAGAAGCAUGCAUAUGCUGCCUCGAGUUCCUUGGAGGAAAAGAUAGAGUAGAAAUUCAGGAAAUAAAUAAAUUCUCCUGUUUGCAAUUCAAGAGAAUGUCAAAUUAAAGAGGGACGUGGCGGUGGUAAGGUGGGGUAAAUCCCACCAUGCUUUUCUAGCAGCCCAGAUUGGGGGCUACCCCCAACUCCCCACAGACUGCUGAUGCUGCUCUCCAGCACCUGUUGAGUUUCCUGCUCCCAAGGAAUGACUGAGCCAUUUUUCCAGCUCUUCCUCUUCCAAACAAGCUUCUCCUUUGUCCAAAAGAGCUGAACAGAGCUUGGCUGUCCGUACAGGGGGUGGGGCUGGGGAUCCUUCAGCUGUAGAGCACAAUGGAGCUGAGAGCAUUUAUUGCUCUACUUGAGGUGCCUCCAGUAUUUUGCAGGAUCAAAGCCCUCUGCCACCCUCUAGUGCAACACACACACUUUGAAAAAGAAUCAGGUUUUUUUGCCAUUUGGAAAGCACACUGAAAAAUGUGGGACGAGUGAAUGGUUAGUGGGGAGACGUGUAAACAUCCCACAAACAAAGCAAGAUGAAUGGAGGAGGAAUCUUCAUGGUCAAGUAGAUCCAAAAGACCAGACAGAGCCUAACCUCAGUGUCCUCAUACCUGUCUGGGUUUUGUCUCCUCCAGGUUGACAUGUACGCUGGGGCCCUCUUCAUCCAGCAGGCCUUGCACUGGGAUCUCUAUGUGGCUGUCAUUGGGCUGCUGGUUAUCACAGCCGUUUACACUGUGGCAGGUGAGUCUGAGGGAAGAGAGAGAGAGCGCUCUGUCCUUAUCUCUUUAUUCAACCUCUAGGAGUAGAUAUAUCCGUCCCCCCCCCAGCAGGGUUUGUUUGUUAAUUGCAUUUCUAUCCCACUUUCCCCCAUGAGCUUAAAGUAGCACCAUGGUUCUCCCUUUCCUCAUUUAAUUCUCACAACAACCCUGUGAGGUAGAUCAGGCUGAAAGGCAGUGACUGCCCUGCGAGGUCACACAGGGAACUUCAUGACUGAGUGGGGAUUUGAUCUGUGGUCUCUCCCAGGCCCUAGCCUGACACUAAUCACUAGGUUACACUGACUGUCCAAGACAUCUUGCUGCCUCUGAUAGCGGAAUAGGUAGCCAUCGUGGCUAGUAGCCAUUUAUAGCUUUAUCCUUGAUGAAGUGGUCUAAUCCUCAUUUAAUGCCAUCCAAGUUGUUGCUGAUCACUGCAUCUUGUGGGGUGGAGUUCCAUAGUUCCAACGGUGCAUUGUGUGAAGAUGUCUUUCCUUUUGUGUGCUCUGAACCUCCCAACGUUGAGCCUCAUUGGAUGGCCCUGAGCUCUAUUCUUGUGGGAAUCACAGUGUUGUAGAGUCGGAAGGGAUCAAAAGGGUCCAAGCCCUGCAGUGCAAGCACUUUCUGUAAAGAAGCUGAUUGGACUGGCUAUUGGGUCUUAUUUUGAUAUUGGCAAUGUGGCAGUGUGUUCCUGAGGACAGCAGACUACCCUAGAAGGCACAGGGAAGCUGGCCUCCAACAUCUCCUGGUUGCUCCUUGCCUGCUCCAACUUCUGCUGCCUGAGGUGACUUUCAUUCUGCCUAAUGGUAGGACCAGCUCUGCUUUUCAGCAGUUAUCUCAUGGUGGUGAUCCACCUGGAACGGGACUAGGGUCAGCCACCAUUUGACUGCCCUGUGCAAGCAACUGGGCAUAUGAGGCUUGACUAAUGCAAACCCAAAUCUUUUGGCCAAGCUAAUGUCCAGACCAGGACGCAGGUGGCACUGUGGUCUAAACCACUGAGCCUAGGGCUUGCCGAUCGGAAGGUCGGCGGUUCGAAUCCCUGCGACGGGGUGAGCUCCCGUUGCUUGGUCCCAGCUCCUGCCCACCUAGCAGUUCGAAAGCAUGUCAAAGUGCAAGCAGAUAAAUAGGUACUGCUCUGGCGGGAAGGUAAAUGGCGUUUCCAUGCACUGCUCUGGUUUCUCCACAUGACCCGGAAAAACUGUCUGCGGACAACCAUCGGCUCCCUUGGCCAGUAAAGCGAGAUGAGCGCCGCAACCCCAGAGUCAUUCGCAACUGGAUUUAACUGUCAGGGGCCCUUUACCUUUACCUUUUAAUGUCCAGACCAAGUUCCAAGCACAGGUCUUGCUUCUUCUGUUCCCUCUGUAGGUGGCCUGGCAGCUGUGAUAUACACCGAUGCCCUGCAGACAGUUAUCAUGCUAGCUGGGGCACUGACGCUGAUGGGCUUCAGUAAGUAUCUUAGAACCACAGAACCACAAGGGUCAUCUCGUCCAGCCUCCUGCAAUGCAGGAAUCUUUUGCCCAACACGGGGCACGAACACACAACCCUAGGAUGAACAGUCUCAUGCUUUACUAGCUGAGCUCUCUUGUGGGGUUUGCCCUCUGAGAUAUGAUGCCAAGUUUCACAUGCAGGAGAAAGCUGCAGAUGUCCACUUCAUUCAUUGCUCCCUGACUUUGCUCGUACCUCCAUGAGUGGCUGCAGCGCAUCUCAUGAUCCAGGACAUCUCUGGGUUGAGUCUGGCCUCAGGCUCAAGCAGGCCAACUCAGUCUCCUGGUCUGCAGUAUAGGAAUAAUAAUAAUAAUAAUAAUAAUAAUAAUAAUAAUAAUAAUAAUUCAUUGCCCACUCUUCACCCUAAGGUCUCAGGGCACAUUACAGCAUUAAAAUAUAAUAUUAAAACACUGUUUGAAAAUCAGUUUAAAACAACUUACAGUAAGGUGGGUCCUAUAAUAUGCAUCUCCAUUGUCAAAAGCUUGGGGUAAAGAGGUGCGUCUGCAGCAUUCACCAGAAGCUGUACAAUGAAGGUGCCAGGUGCACCUCUGUGGGGAAGGAGAGCCACAGCUUAGGGGCUGCCACAGAGAAGACCCUGUCCUGGGCCGCCGCCGCCCCAACUUUCUAAGAACACCUGAAAGGGUCUCUAGCAUUCACCUAUUUUAAGACUUGUCAUAAGCAGACAUUCGCAGAGGUCCAGAGAUGCCCGAGUUAUUUCUAGUCUUUGAGGUCCCUAGUCAAAAAUAAAAAGUUCAUAUACUCAGCUGAUAUGAGAGCACCCCUUCAUCACCAUCUUACGUUGCGCCAUCAGAACCAAUAUUUUUAACAACGUUUAUGAAUGUUUUAAACUCUCUUAAGGUGACAAAAUCUGUAACAGUUAACAAAAAAGUCCUGUCUUCCACCAAAUCACAUCUCUUCCUUGCUUAAAUCUGCAGCUCUAAGCUGAGAAAGCGUGUCACAUUCUUGGGCUCAUGUAUCAAGACAUGUUACCUCACAAUGGAGAAUUCUUCCCUAAAUCCCAUUGUUUGAACUUAGCGGUUUCUCAAAACACCACAGCAGGCCCAUGCAAAGCAAAUAAUAAUAAUAAUAAUAAUAAUAAUAAUAAUAAUAAUAAUAAUUUAUUAUUUGUACCCCGCCCAUCUGGCUGGGUUUCCCCAGCCACUCUGGGCGGCUUCCAUAGAAACUAAAAAUACACUAAAAUAUCACACAUUAAAAACUUCCCUGAACCUUAAGAUGUCUUCUAAAUGUCAGGUAGUUAUUUAUCGCUUUGACAUCUGAUGGGAGGGCGUUCCACAGGGCGGGCGCCACUACCGAGAAGGCCCUCUGCCUGGUUCCCUGUAGCUUUGCUUCUCGCAAUGAGGGAACUGCCAGAAGGCCCUCGGCGCUGGACCUCAGCGUCUGGGCAGAACGAUGGGGGUGGAGAGGCUCCUUCAGGUAUACUGAGCACCAGCAGGAAAUCUGAACAUUGUUUGCUCUUCAACUUUCCAGGUUUUUCCAAAGUUGGAGGGCUGGAAGACUUGCAGAACAGAUACUUCCAAGCCAUUGCAAGCAGCCACUAUGGCAACAACAGCUGCGGUUUACCCAGGGAUGACGCUUUCCACAUCUUCCGGGAUCCUGUCACGUCUGACCUUCCCUGGCCGGGAGUGCUGGUUGGAAUGACCAUCCCCUCGCUGUGGUACUGGUGCACAGACCAGGUUGUUGUUCUUGUUCUUGUUGUUUUUAUUGUUGUUAUCAAUAUACCACCCUUCAGCUGAAGAUCACAGGGCGGUUCACAACAUAACAAUACAAAAUGAGAACACAAAAUACAUAAUAAAACAAGAACAAACCAAUAACCCCUCUCCCACAAACACAAUUAGGGUGUAUAAUGUUCAUCAGGGCUUCUAAAAUCCAUUUUUGUUGUCCUGCCAUUAGCCCCCACACUAAAGGUAAAGGUAAAGGGACCCCUGACCAUUAGGUCCAGUCGUGGCUGACUCUGGGGUUGCGGCGCUCAUCUCGCUUUAUUGGCCGAGGGAGCUGGCAUACAGCUUCCGGGUCAUGUGGCCAGCAUGACUAAGUCACUUCUGGUGAACCAGAGCAGUGCAUGGAAAUGCCGUUUACCUUCCCGCUGGAGCGGUACCUAUUUAUCUACUUGCACUUUGACGUGCUUUCGAAUUGCUAGGUUGGCAGGUGCAGGGACCAAGGAACAGAAGCUCACCCUGUCGCGGGGAUUUGAACUGCCGACCUUCUGAUCGACAAGUCCUAGGCUCUGUGGUUUAACCCACAGUGCCACCCACGUCCCACAGUCCCCACACUACAGGGGUAUAAUUUAAAAGUUCAUGAACAUCUGAAAAUGCCAAAGAUUUUGCCAAUGCAAAAUUGAUGUGAGUAACAACUUCAUACCAAAAGGAAUAUAUCACUGGACAGGCCCAGAUCAUAUGCCUCAAAGAAGCAUCCUGAACCCAACACCUCCAUCGUUAUAACUCCAGAUAAGCCACUGCCUGCCUCUGCAUCUCUCAGGUGGUCUUAGAAGGGCCUGUUCCAAACUGUCUCCUUCCUUACAUUGCAGGUCAUUGUUCAAAGAUCUUUGGCAGCCAAGAACCUCUCUCAUGCCAAAGGGGGAGCCUUGCUGGCCUCCUACUUGAAAAUCCUGCCCUUGUUUAUGAUGGUUCUGCCUGGCAUGAUCAGCCGCAUCCUCUUUCCAGGUAAGAAGGAAGAAUAAGAUGCCUCCUGAUGCUGCAGAGUGUAGUGAAUCAUAGAGUUAGAAGGGACCCACCCACUAGGGGCCAUCUGGCCCAACCCCCUGCAGUUCAGGUGUCAUAGCUAAAGAAUCACUGACAAAUUGCCUUCCAAAUUCUGCUUAAAAACCUCAAAUGAAGGAAAGCCCACCAUGUUCUGAGGUUGUCUGUUCCACUGCUGAACAGCUCUUACCGUCAGAAAGUUCUUACUAAUGUUCUUCUUUCUUGUCAUUUGAAUCCAUUGGUUUGAGUGGUGAGAACGUUGGACUCACUGGGUGACCUUGAGGCCAGUCACUGCAUCUCUCAGCUUAACCUACCUCGCAGGGUGGUUGUGAGGAUUAAUUGAGGAGGGGAAGAGCCAUGUAGGCUGCCUUGAGCUCCGGGGGGCAGGAGGAGAGAUGGGAUAUCAAUGCAAUGAAUAAGUGCAAUACAGAUUUCUAAGGGGAAAUAUAUUUUGGUCAGCAUGUGUUUAAGGGGAAGGAUUUGGAGCAGGGAUAAAGCUCUUAUCUUCCUCCCUUUAAUUUUUUUACCCUGAGUAUUUCCAAACUGCCAGCACAUUCCCAAAAUAGAAUGUGCCAUAAAACCAUCAAAACAUCAUAAAGUCGUAAGAUGCAGAACCAACAACCAAACCAAAUUAAUUUAGUUUUGUGAAAUAGACUUGUUUUCAGUAGGUGACAAAAUAUUAGAAUCUGCCUCUUGACUACAGAUGAUUUGCAAACAGUUCCCCAUCCAUUUUUACGCCCUUGGCUUUCCGCCCCCUACUCUCCCACAGCUAUUUACAACAAGUUUAAAUUACAUUUUCAUCAUAGAUCUCGUGGCUUGUGCUGAUCCGAAAAUCUGCAAAACGAUCUGUGGCAACCCAUCUGGAUGUUCUGAUAUUGCAUACCCCAAAUUGGUCAUUGAACUUUUGCCAAUUGGUAAGGAGGAAGGAAGGGUGGGGGCUUCUCAGCAACCCAAAGAGAGAUGCUCAGAGAUGCAGGUGGAUAGAAAUUUAGCUGUAGGUGAGAGACCAACAGCACUUUCGGAUGGUAACAAAUAAGGUCCAAGAUGCUCAAGGACAAUGGGUGGUGCUCGUUGGAACUGGUGGGGAAGAAGGCAGGGAGGCCAACGGUAGGUGGCACCAGAGCCAAUGACAGGCAGAGCGAACUAAUUUUCAUGUUGUCCCCAUUAUUCUCCCUGCCAUGUUUGGCUGCCACCGUGGCUCAGUAAACAACAGAGUUAUUUGCAAAGGUUUUUUGGGUGGCCUGGGGCAUGGCAUGAGCUUAUCUCUGAAGACCAGUUGUCAGGUACCACAAAUGGGGAGAGUGUUGCUAUUAAACCCAGAUCCCCCUUGCUGGCUUCCCAGAAGAGGUGUCUGAAGACCAUGACCUGGGUGGACCCCCUUUGGCUUUGACCCAGCUGCUGCAGGGCUUUUCUUAUAUUAGGAGAGAGGUGAGCACUCUGCUUGGUCCAGGGCACCCCUCGUGAGUGGUGGGCUCUCCUUUGGAUUCCAGGACUCAGAGGUCUGAUGAUGUCCGUGAUGAUUGCAGCACUGAUGUCCUCCCUGACUUCCAUCUUCAACAGCGCAAGCACCAUUUUCACCAUGGAUCUCUGGCGAAAUAUCAGGCCCCUCUCUUCGGAGUGGGAGCUCAUGAUCGUUGGCAGGUAAGGUGCCCCUUGUGCAAGGUGGUGCACACCCAACAAGAGUCCCAGAAGAUCCCAGGGUAGACUUCCAACAGUUAGGUCAUAGAAUUUUAGGGUUGGAAGGGACCCCAAAGGUCCCUAGUCCACCCCCCUGCAAUGCAGGAAUCAUAGCUAAUUCACACUUGGAUGCAGCCUUUAACGUUUCAGGACUUACUCUUUCCUUGCCAUUAGAAAUCGGUAGCAAAACAAAGAGAUAACGAGGCCUUUCUCCUUGAUUCAGGGUCUUUGUCCUGCUCCUUGUAGUCAUUUCCAUCUUAUGGAUUCCGCUGGUCCAGGCCAGCCAGGGGGGACAGCUCUUCAUUUACAUCCAGACCAUCAGUUCCUACCUGCAACCUCCCGUGGCCGUGGUCUUCAUCCUGGGCUGCUUCUGGAAGAGAACAAAUGAAAAGGUGAGUGAGAUGCAGGUUCUUCUGGAGGCCCUGAACGAUGGUGGUUGUGAGCUGCAUUAUUUGCAAAGUUUUUUGGGUGGCCCUGGUGUAUGGCAUGAGUGUGUCUCUGAAGACCAGUUGUCAGGUACCAAAAAUGAGGAGAACAUCUUCUGAUGCAAAUCAUUGUAAUAUUUUUAUUUGUGUUCCAAGUAUCAUUAUAUUUACCCAUACACAGCCUGUGUCUAAAAGCAAUCCAUUCCUAUGUUGCAAGAGUUGUCAUAUCUUUUAUCCAUUGAUCAAAAGGCACCAAAGGAUUGUUUCAAAUUUCAAAGGAUCGUUGUGCUUUGGUUUGUGGGUUGUUUUGAGAAGGCCAAAUUCAGCAGAUGUGCCCUAAAAAGGGAAUUAAACCAAAUUUCCACUUGACUGUGGUGUAGCUGCCUCUUCUUGUUCCAACGUGGGAUUUUUCCUUCCUCCCAGGGGGCAUUCUGUGGCCUUUUGAUCGGGAUGGGAAUGGGCCUGAUCCGAAUGGUGCUGGAUUUCGUCUACCCACUGCCACGGUGCGAUGAGGCAGACGGCCGUCCAGCAGUGGUGAAAUACGUCCACUACCUCUACUUCUCCAUGAUCCUGAGUCUGGCUACGCUGCUUGUGGUGGUGACUGUUAGUCUCCUGACAGAGCCUCCUUCAAAGGAAAGGGUGCGUAAUUCCAGCAGGCAUUGCCAACUCUCGUUUCUGAACCCAUCUUCUUGGGUGCUUUAAAGCCCAAUCAUAUUAGAGCAGCUCUGAAACCUGGAGUGAAUUAGGUGACACCCAGGAUGGAUCUACAUAUGGGGGGGGGGACACUUUAAAUAAGUCAGAAAUUAGAUCGUUAUAGUAAAAGGAAAAAAAUCCCUAUGGAAAACCGUGUUUCAAAAUUUCCUGCUCUCUGGCGCCAUCUGGUGUUGCGUGUUUAAAGUGUGAUCAAAUCACUGUUUCUUUACUAAUGUAGCUGAGUCCCCACGCUGUCCCUUUAAAACACUUCUAUGCCGCUUCAUCAACCACAGAUAAUCCUGGGAUCUGUAGUUUGUUAAAGGUGCCUUUUGUCCCAACAGAUCACCCGCCUCACCUGGUUCACCCGCAAGGAUGCUCAGGUAGAGAAGGAUGUCCUUCCACAAGCUCCCAGAAGCCCUGCUGUGCCUCUCCCUGCCAACGGUGUCCAUGAGGCUGGUCCUCCUUCUCCAGUGCAGCUUGAGAUCAGUGAUGGCCCUGAAAACAAUCAAAAUGGUAAAACUUAUCAGUGACCCACAGAGGACAUAGUUCAGUUAGUAGAGCAUGAGACUCUUAAUAUCAGGGUCAAGGGUCCCUUUCCCAUGUCCAUGAGCCUGACCACUGAUUUACGGCUAACUUGUCUCCUCUUCAGGUUCCCUACAUUCUAAGAAGACCUCCAAACUCACAAGGCUGUUUUUGUGGAUCUGUGGGAUGGAGAGCAGGAAUGCGGACACUCCGAAAUCUGCUGCAGAACUGAAAAGUGAAAUCGCCAUGGCUUCCACGAAGGAAGCACCUUUUGUGAAGCACAUCCUCAAUGUCAACCUGAUAGUCUGCUUAAGUGCAGGCGUCUUCCUCUGGGCUUACUUUGCGUAGCAUCGAGCCUCAUCUAUUCAAGGGACGCUGUUAAGCGCCAAGCAGAUGGGCAUUGCUAUAGGAAGGACUAAGGCGAAUGAUAACACUUAAUAAUGACCCUGUAUCCUGUACCAGACAAAAUUCUCAAGGAAAGGAAAAAGGGCCUGAAUGCUUGCAGAUGGACUUGAAGAAUUCGCAGUAGGAGAAAUCCAGGGCCUCUCCAAUGUAACCGGGUCCCAGGCAGGGAUUUUGGGGGCAAAGACCAAUAGCAGAUUUGCUUGGCAAGUUAUUAUUUAUUAUUACAGUUAUUAUUUAAACAAGUGAGAUACCAUUCUUCUGCCAUGCAUUUCCUGACAGUUGCAUGACCCCACAUGCAGCAGGUCUCUUUUGUGGCUCUGGGGGUUGUAGCCAGCUAAGUUCUACUCAGAAUAAACCCAUUGAAAUUAGCAACCAAUAGAUAGGACUAUAGGGACGCAGGUGGCGCUGUGGGUAAAACCUCAGCGCCUAGGACUUGCCGAUCGCAUGGUCGGCGGUUCGAAUACCCGCAGUGGGGUGAGCUCCCGUCGUUCGGUCCCAGCUCCUGCCCACCU